CAUUAUUAGCUAUUUUACGACAUCAUCCUUCGGCCUUCCAGCGGAAGGAGUCGGGAGUAGACCAAGAAAGAGAAGUUCUCUGCGUUGAAGUUGAGGGCACAAGCAUGGAUGAUUGAAUGGCAUGGCCUGAUGAGCACAUUAUGUGGACAUGCAUCAUCGCCUGAAGCCGAAAGCAAUAGCUACAGGCGUUGUAUAGCAGCAAUAGCAAUCUCUUCUCAGCCUUCUCCGCUCCCAUGGAAACUCUUCCUUCUGCAAUUGUCACAAGUGGCCUCCGAAUGCUCAGCUGCACAAAGAAACCCUUCUCCUCUCCUCUUUCCCAACCUUUCUUCAUUCGUCAAUCCCCUCGCCUUUUUGCUGCUUCUCCUCCCUUUGGCAGUCGUUCUAUGAAUUGCCAUAGCCAAAUAAGCGAGAACCAUCAUCAACAUCAUCGCGACCACGCUCAUCAUGGCCACCACCACCACCACCACCACCACCACCACCACCAUCAUGAUUGUGGGGAUUGCAGGGGAGGAGAGAGAAAGCAACUGAACAGUUCUCAAGAGGCAAUUCUUGCAAUGGCCAGAGCUUGUGGGUGGGCUGAUCUUGCUGAUUUUCUGAGAGAGCACCUUCAAUUGUGUUGCUGCUCUAUGGGCCUGCUCCUUAUGGCCGUUCUUUGUCCCCACGCCCUACCAAAACCAGCCAUUAAGCCUGUCCAGAACACCUUGGUCGCCUUCGCAUUUCCUCUUGUUGGGGUUUCAUCAGCCCUUGAUGCAGUUGUGGAUCUUGCUGGCGGGAGGGUGAACAUCCAUGUCCUCAUGGCAUUGGCAGCCUUUGCAUCCGUAUUCAUGGGAAACUCUUUGGAAGGAGCUCUACUUCUUGCAAUGUUCAAUCUUGCACAUAUUGCGGAAGAGUAUUUUACAAGUCGGGCUAUGAAUGAUGUUAAGGAAUUGAAGGAGAGCCAUCCUGAUUUUGCUCUUGUAUUGGAAUCUGUUGACGUGCCUCCUCAUUUCUCCUCAUUGUCAUACAAAAGAAUCCCAGUGCAUAAUGUGGAUAUGGGGGCUUACAUCCUUGUCAGAGCUGGUGAGACUGUUCCAGUAGAUGGAGAAGUUUCUCGUGGAAGAUCAACAAUCACAGUUGAGCAUUUGACUGGUGAAGCCAAACCUCUUGAGAAGAAAAUGGGGGAUAGUAUUCCUGGUGGUGCAAGGAACUUGGAUGGGAUGCUGAUAGUGAGGGCAACGAAGACUUGGGAAGAGUCAACGCUAGCUAGGAUUGUUCAAUUGACGGAAGAGGCACAACUUAAUAAGCCAAAGUUGCAGAGGUGGCUUGAUGAAUUUGGUGAACGAUACAGCCAGGUUGUUGUAGCUCUGUCUGUUGCGGUUGCCCUCAUUGGACCAUUUCUCUUUAGGUGGCCUUUUAUUGGCACGUCAGUUUGCAGAGGAUCCGUAUACCGGGCAUUGGGCCUAAUGGUUGCUGCAUCUCCUUGUGCAUUGGCUGUGGCUCCUUUGGCUUAUGCAACUGCAAUAAGUGCUUGUUCAAGUAAGGGUAUCUUGCUUAAGGGUGGACAUGUAUUAGAUGCUCUUGCAUCUUGCCACACUAUUGCUUUUGAUAAAACUGGAACUCUGACAACGGGAGAAUUAUCAUGCAGAGCAAUUGAACCGAUUUAUGGACAUAAAAUAGGUGGUGAUAAACAUGCAAGUAUCUCUUGUUGCAUUCCAAAUUGUGAGAAGGAAGCUCUUGCUGUUGCAGCUGCAAUGGAAAAGGGAACUACUCAUCCAAUCGGAAGUGUGAGGUGCAUAAUGUAUCAGAGGAGGGCCGAAUAUAGAAGAGCUGUAGUGGAUCAUAGUGCGGGGAAAGAUCUGCCACAUGUAGCCAUUGAAAGCUUUGAGUCUCUACCAGGAAGAGGCCUUCUGGCGACAUUGUCUGCUUUUGAGUCACGAGAAAGUGGUGGCAAACUGCUAAGUGCAUCACUUGGUUCCGUUGAAUACAUUGCAUCCCUGUGCAAAACUGUGGUUGAAUCACAAAAUAUUAAGGAGGCUGUCAAUGCAUCUUCUUAUGGUACUGACUUCGUGCAUGCAGCUUUAUCUGUGAAUAAGAAGGUUACACUCUUCCAUUUUGAAGAUAAGCCCCGACCAGGUGUUGUAGAUGUUGUAGCCGCAUUAAGCAACCAAGCUCGACUUCGCUUGGUGAUGUUAACUGGUGAUCAUGCUUCCAGUGCAUGGAGAGUUGCAAAAGCUGUGGGAAUUAAUGAAGUCUUCUGUGAUUUGAAGCCAGAGGACAAGCUUAAUCAAGUGAAAACAAUCUCUAGGGAAAGGGGUGGGGGCUUGAUAAUGGUGGGUGAUGGUAUUAAUGAUGCACCUGCUCUCGCUGCUGCUACUGUGGGAAUUGUUCUUGCACAACGUGCUAGUGCUACUGCCAUAGCUGUUGCGGACGUGCUCUUGUUGCAGGACAAUAUAUCUGGUGUGCCAUUUGUUAUUGCAAAAGCCCGCCAGACAACUUCAUUGGUCAAGCAAAGUGUGGCCCUUGCUCUAUCGUGCAUUAUCUUGGCAUCUCUACCAUCUGUAAUGGGCUUUCUGCCGUUGUGGUUAACGGUUCUUUUGCAUGAAGGUGGGACGCUCGUUGUAUGCCUGAAUUCAAUUCGUGCUCUAAAGAAGCCAACUUGGUCAUGGAGGCAUGAUUUCCAACUCAUGCUCAAUGAUUUCAAAGAAUCAGUUAUUGGUUUCUUGAGAAAACCUCCCACAGAAAACAGUGUGCAAGCAGCUCCAUGUUAAAUUAUGCUGCAUUUUGUAAAUCUUGCAUAUGGUAUAUUCAUGAAUAAUGGUUGCAAUAGGCUAUUAAACAUUGUAUUUAUUAUUUGGCAUAGAGCUGUACAAGUGACAAAAAUGCAUGAUUUGUUUUCAAUGAAAUCAUGGUAUCAUCAGAGAUACCUCAUUAAUGUGCCA